CCUUGGCCAGAAGGCCCCAUGAGUCUGUUCUCAGGAGAACCUGAUCCUUCUGCCUCUACGCGUGAUGAAAGGCAAGAGCACCAGGCUGGAAUCCCAGAACCCAGUCUUCCUGCCAGGGAACCCAGGGGAGGCACCCAAAGUCCUGAAUAAUCCAGGAGCCACCAGGGAAGCUGUGCCAAUCCGAGGCACCCUGGCAAAACCUAGGAGUGGUGUCUGAGACAAAGGAAUGUAACAGUGAAGUCACCCCAGAAAGUUUGGCCAACCUUGGCCAGCUGGCAGACCCCUCCUGUGCCCAGCUCUGCCGAGCUUCCCCGGCAGCAGGGCCUCAGGCUCACGGUCAUUACCAGCUUCCCUUACCCUGGGAAGUGCUAGGUGGGGGCUGACAGCCACCACUGGGCAGAGGGGCCCCACUGGCUCCCUUCCUCCCUUGUCAGCCACCAGGGGUGUGAUGGGUGAGACCUGACAAACUCGUUCUGCGGGUUGCGGGUGGCUGAGAGGGCAGAUUCUCUGAAGCCAGCCCCAUGGGGACUCCAGGUCCUCUCUCUGCUCAGUGCAGCCCGACAGGAACCCAGCGCAGCAUGGCAGCCUCCAACUUUGUGCAGGAGAUACACUCCAUGGCUGAGAGGCUGCUGCUCAAGCUGCAGAGGCUGCCCCAGGCCGAGCCCGUGGAGAUCGUGGCCUUCUCAGUCCUCCUCCUUUUCACAGCCACUGUUCUGCUGAUGCUGCUGAUCGCCUGCAGCUGCUGCUGCACUCACUGCUGCUGCCCAGAGCAGAGGGGCAGGAAGGUCCAAGUGCGGCCCAUGACCCCACCAUGAGGGCCAGAGAGAUGACUAAGGAGAAGCUGGAGGGGAGACUGCCAAAGCCAUGGCCUGGGGGUCAGCCUGGCCCUGCAGCCCUCACCCCAGCAGACAAAGAUCCACUGCCCCAGCUCUGGCCCUGCCCAGGAUCCUGGACACUGAUACCUGGAGCCUCAUCAAGGAAAUGAGGGCUGUUUUGGCCACAAAACCCUCACCUGCCAGUGAACACUGCGUGCCAAGGAGGAGUCGACUGUUUCAAAGAUUGAGUAAAGCACCAGGGAUUCUUUGCCUACCUGCACUUAACAAAACAUGGAAGCAAGGUCCCCAUACCUGGAUCGAGAACAACCUGCACCCGUGAAGAGCUGGCCCUCGGGGCUCCCAGGCCAAAGAGGAGCAGGCCAAUCAGAGGGACUUUGUGCAAUGGUGACUGGAUCCCAAGCUCCCUGCCAGAGAAAGGCAUGUCAGUAUUCUAUUCCAGUAUUGGUCUGUCUCUUUCCCAGGAGAAGCUUUUUGGUUAUGUG